AUGGACUUGCUCCUGCCCCCGUGCCCUGAGUACGAUUACUCCGCCCUGUCACAAUCCUCUCGGCCACACUCCUCUCGGCCACGUUCUUCUCGGCGACGCUCCUCUAGGUCACGCUCCCAUCGGUGGCCAGAGUAUGAAUAUGAGUCCUUCCCGCCUCUGACCCGGCGAGAGCAACGCAGGUACGCCAGGCAGAAGCCACGCCCCAAGACCGUCCAGUGGGGAACGGUCACGGUCAUUGAGGACGAGCCGCAGGGACGAUCCCCCCAGGGCACACGACGCAGCCGCGAGCCUGAUGCAGGCACUCACCCCUCCCGUUACCUCCGGCGGAUUCGGAAGAGCUCUACACGGCUCGACCACGAGAUGUAUCUUAUUAAUAUGAGGCGCAUGGUCAAACUGGCGGAGUGGCGCCUCGACCUCAGUCAUCGUUGUUUCGACGAGGGACUGGGGGAGUAUUUCCUUGACCAAAUCUUCAGACUCGAAGAACUCUACAUGCGUCAAGAGGUCCAGUCGAGGAAUCCGCCAUCCCGACGACACCAAACCGAGUCAAGGAAGGGAUGGUGGGGUGCUGAUGUUCACUAG